GUUCAUAUUGUUUUAUUCUGUAAUUGCCGAUAAUUUGCUGCCAUUAAUUGAUUAUUUUAAUCUAUAUCACUAAUAUUUUUGUAAAAUUGUUAUUAAACGCCCACCAUAGAACCAGAUGAUGCUUUCGUCACACAACGGUAGUAGCCAAAACAACAACCAGAAUCCGCAACAGCCACAAAAACAAGCACCACGCUCUCAGCAACAGUACAAUCGGCAGCUGGAUUAUUCCUUGUCCACAACGGGCCUUUUCCAGAACUUAGACCAGAGCAAACACUCGCCCUUCAAGACCGUCCAAAAUUUAGGCAACAAAGUCGUUGGUGCAGCCGGCAGACUCCCGUUCACUUCGUUGGGUCUAGGCAGCGGGCUCUCAAUGAAUCGCGACCAGCUCGGUGGUGCCAAAUUACUUGACCACAGAUCGAUGGUCCCCAGCAACGCUUUAAAUGCGGCUGACCUUCAGUUCUCAGGCUACAUAUUGAACGGCGGCCUUGACCACAACCGCACGUCAUUUUCUUAUUCUCCGGCCGCGAGUAACCCAAUGCUGCCAAGCGGCGGCAGCAGUGGUGGCGGAAGUACUCAUGCAAACCGCCUGCUAGAAACCCUAGGAAUGGCUAGUGCGCACCAGCUUUCUAACUCUUCAUUUGGGAGUAGAACCAACGCCUCGUCUUCGCCCACGCUGGAUCACUCGAUAAACUCGGCAGGAAUUAUCAGCCCGCCUGCUUCUUCUGUUGCAUCGUCCUCUUACCACCACGGGAUUUCGUCUGUCAGUUCUAUGCCACUGUCAGGAUACAGCUCCUACGCAUCCUUGCUCAACAAGGCCAACCUCAUGUUUGAAAACAACCUCGACUCGAUGAUGGUUGACUGGUCGCUUGAAGAGCGCGAGUGCCGACGCCGUCUUGUCCAGUUUUGGAGGCGCCACGAAAAUAACAAUAUAUUCUGCACCUUCAAGUCGGUGGCCGCUGCCGAUCGGGUUCCCAACAGCAUCGUGGUGUCUUGCAUCUACUGGGAGGAGAAACAAGACUUUUUCAUUACCAGCGUCGAUUGCAUCCACUUGUUGGAGUCGCUCAUUGCAGUUCGAUUCACUGUUGAGGAGAAGAACCGCAUUCGGCGCAACCUCGAGGGCUUCCGCCCGCUGACCGUGAGCAAAUGUAAGGCGGACUCUACUGACUUUUUUAAGCUGAUCAUGUCGUUCCCGAACCCGAAGCCCCGCAACAUCGAAAAGGACGUCAAGGUCUUUCCGUGGCGCAUUCUACCCUUGGCCCUGAAAAAGAUUAUUGGCAAGUACACAGCCAGUUACAGCAGCACAGCCAGCAUCACAUUGGACGCAUACCAACUUCGCGAGUGGCCAGUUACUCGCAACUGGCAGGAAUCUCACCAUCCACAUCGGCCAGGAGCAUGGCCGCAUUUGCUUCACAGUCGCCUGCAUCUAGCAUAAUAGGAAGCUCUUCAGCAUCCGCGGCGAUUGUGGCCGCUGCAUCCAAGCUGUCGAACGCAUCCUCAAAACCUGGUGUAAACUCAAGAUCCAAUGUCGACGGACGAUUU